AAAAGCUGACAGAUAUCCCUUAACCGUGCCUUUCCUUUCUACGGACCGCUCUGAUAAAACUUGAGACGUUGAGGAUGAGAGCACACCUGUCCAGGUUGGCAUAUACUCAAUUUGACUAGCUUUUUUUUUAACCAAGUGACAGAAGUAUCUGCACUAAAAUGCAAUAGACUUUGAUUGGAUGCAAUGCCUUUGACACCAACAAUAAGAUAUAGGGAGUCUCUCCACAAUCUCAAGAAAAUGAUAUUUGUGUUCAUUUUGAUAUGUGCCGCCCAUUCGUCUCAAGGCCUCAGUUGGGCUUGGAGAAAGCUUCCAUGUGAUGUGAAGCUUAACAACAGCUCUGUCGUCUUGGACUGUUCGGAAAGAUCUUUGAAAAGAAUCCCGAAAAACCUGAUCUGGAAUACAACUGAACUAGACUUUGCGAACAAUGAAAUACAUUACCUCCCAAAGGAUGCCUUCUGGAAUCUGACUAAAGUUACAAAGAUAAACCUCAGAAAGAAUCAAAUUGAAAAAUGCCUUGAUAAAGACCAUGGGAUUUUCUCAAGUUUGGCUAACUUGGAGACUUUGCUACUCGACGAUAAUAUGAUUUCAGCAAUUCCUAGAGACCUCCCUCCUGGACUGCAACGGCUGAGCCUCAAUUCGAACCGUAUCAAGAAAAUUGGACCAUCAGACUUUGUAGGAACAAAGAAACUCAAUGUUUUGACAUUAGAUAAGAACUGCUAUCACGAUGCAAGUAUAGAACUGACAAUUCACAAUGAAACAUUUCAGGAUUUGCAUCUAACUGUGCUAGAACUGUCCAAAAAUAGAAUACAGAAAAUACCGUCUGCUUUACCCAGAUCCCUCCAAAAACUCUCACUUCUCUUAAACAGGAUUGAGCAAGUUCAUGCGUCUGACCUGAAGAGUCUAACAAACCUGAGAGUGCUUGAUUUAUCUGGAAACUGUCCGUUUUGUUUUACCGCUCCUUUCCCAUGCACUACCUGUCAGACAAAGAAUAACGCUCUACAGAUUCAUCCGGAUGCUUUCAGUGAACUUUCCCAACUGCAAGACCUACGACUGUCUGGAAAUUCCUUACAAACAAUCAACUCGUCAUGGUUCCGGAAUCUUCCUAUGUUAAAGUACUUAUAUCUUUCCUUCAACUCAUUGAUUAGUGAAUUUGAAAGCGGAAAAUUCUUAAAUGUCCUCCCACAAGUGGAAGUUGUAGAUUUCUCAUACAACAAUCCGUCUCAAACAUUUUACCCAAGAAUGAAACUCUCAAAAGGCUUUGCUAGAUUGAAAUCAAUGCAAGCACUUCACAUGGAAGGCUACAAUUUCCAUAAUCUUUGUGAGGAAGAUCUCCGGCCUCUCUUCGGUUUGAGAAACCUAUCCGUUCUAAACUUGGGAGUCAACUUUCUCCAACAUGUCAAUCUAUCAGUGUUCAGGAACUUUCACAACCUGUCUUUGAUUUCGCUGAUUGACAACAGGCUAACAUUUACAGGUUCUAUUCGCAGACGAGAGUGUAGAAGUGGCGUUCUUUCUGAUGACGAUGAGGGAAACCGCCGUGAAGGCCCCUACAUUCACACAAAUGAAGAGUUUCGCCAUUACCCACCGUUUACCAAACCUGAGUGUCUGGCAACAGGACCAGUUUUGGACCUCAGUAGGAACAACAUUUACCACAUGAAUCAAAUUUUCUUCACAGGAGCAGAGAAUAUCACUUGCCUCAAUCUUUCCUCCAACUUCAUUGCUUCAUAUUUCAAUGGUACAGAGUUUGCUCACUUUCCCAAUCUGAAGUACCUUGACUUGUCUCACAACCGAGUCUACAUGCGUUCAGAUUCAGCACUGAAUGAACUGAAAGAAUUAGAAGUAUUGGAUUUGAGUUACAACAAUCAUUACUUUGAGGUGGCGGGUGUUAGGAGCACUCUGACAUUCCUGGAAAACCUUCAGUUCCUCAAAGUGCUGAAUCUCAGUUGGAAUGAGAUCAAUACACUGACCAAUAAGACUCUACGGAGCGACUCACUGAAGGAGCUACAGUUUCAAGCCAAUCGACUAGAUAUAAUGUGGAAGAAGGGCCGUGGAUUCCAAGGUCUUUUUAAGUCUCUUUCAAACCUAACACACCUCGAUAUAUCACUUAACAAGCUUUCCGAGAUACCGGACGAUAUUUUCAGCUAUUUUCCAUGUACGCUUAAAUAUCUUGGCAUGAGCAGGAACACACUCACUGAUUUUGAGUGGGACCAGCUCAAAUAUUUACCUCAGUUGGAGACUCUGGAUCUAAGCAAGAACAAAUUGAGUAAAGUCGCUAGAAAACUAUCAAAACAUACAAAAUCUUUGAGGGUCUUAGACUUGAGUCAUAAUCUGAUCGUCACCUUGAAACACAGCUUUCUUAAAGAUGUCAAAAGCUUGAUGAUCCUUAACCUUGCUUCCAACCACUUAAAACAUAUCAGUGAAACAUCCUUCCAGACAGGUAACAAUCACCACCCACUCACACUGAACCUGCAGAGAAACCCUAUCCAUUGCACGUGUGACCUUCUGGGCUUCAUUCUCUGGUUAGAGAAAAGUGACACAGUCCUUCCUCGUCUAGCAACGGACAUCUUGUGCGACCUUCCGGAAUCCAAAAGGGGACAUCCAAUGGUCAAUCUGGACUUUAAAAAUGCCUGCAUCAACAGUGGUAUUGAUCAAAUCCUAUAUGUACUCACCUCAUCUAUCAUCAUUGCCAUGAUGUCUACAACUGUCGCAAUACAUGUGUUCUACUGGGACAUAUCCUACAUUUAUAAUUUCUGGAGAGCCAAACUUAAAAGUUAUUACUCGAAGACGACUGACUGCACCUAUGAUGCCUUUGUUAUGUAUGACACCAAGGAUCCAAUGGUGGCAGAUUGGGUACUGAACCACUUGCGUUUUGAGUUGGAAGAUAGAGGAAGAGGAGUUCGUCCACUCUGUCUGGCAGAAAGAGAUUGGACUCCUGGUACACCCAUCAUGGACAACCUGAACCAGAGCAUACACCGGAGUCGGAAGACGAUAUUUGUGUUGACAGAGGGAUUUGUUUACAGUGGGAUUUUUAAGAUGGCGGCUUUCCUAGCGCAGCAAAAGCUUCUGGAAGAGGGUGUGGACGUGAUGGUGUUGGUAUUGUUGGAGCCGGUUCUUCGGCAGUCAAGAAUCUUAAACUUGCGGCGCUGCCUGUGUGGACAGAGUGUGCUGGAGUGGCCCAGAAACCCAGCGGCGGAAGGCUGGUUCUGGCAGAGCCUGAGAAACGCAGUUAGGUUUGAAAGUCAAGGUGUGCAAAGCAAAAUGUUUAAAAAUUACUUCAGCGGAUGACGAACUGGUAAAAAAUUAGACCUUUCUGUUUAAAUACUUCUUCCUCCUGAGUCAUUUGAACCAUUGUGAUUACCGUUAGCAUUGGGGAAGUUUUCACAUUUAUUUGUAUUUGAAAAUGUAUUGUUCCAAAUUGGUAUAUUUAUAAAAGUAGAGUGCUUCUCAUUAUAAAAACUAUCAAACA